AUCAUGUGAACGGUCACUGUACAAGUCCAACGUCCCAGAGCUGCAGUUCAGGAAAACGACUUUCCAGCGCAGAUGUCUCAAAAGCAAACCGCCGAGGGCCUGGGAGGCCCCCCUUCAGAAAAGCGCAGUCUGCAGCCUGCAUGGAGAUUUCUCUCCCAGUCACCACAGAAGAAAAUAGGGAAAACUCCUUCAGCCGUUCCCGAAGCUCCAGCGUGUCCAGUAUCGACAGGGACUCGAAGGAGGCAAUUACUGCUCUGUACUUCAUGGAGUCCUUUGCCCGAAAGAAUGACUCUGCCGUCUCCCCCUGUCUCUGGGUUGGAACGGGCCUUGGUAUGGUCUUAAUCCUCUCCCUUAAUCUGCCUGCUAGUGACGACUUACGGCAGUCAGAGCCUGUCAUGGUGUCGCCAAGCGGCACAGUUCUGACACUGAAAGGAGCCGUGCUGACCUUCGCAUGCUUGGACUGCAUGGGGACAUUGACACAUCCACCGUAUGAAGUAUGGAGGGACCCACACAGUGCUGAUGAUGGUGAAAAAACAAGGAAAAGGAAACUUGUCAUGCAUUCCCCUUCCUCUUCCCAGGAUAUGGGUGAUCAUCAAUUUGCAGUCAUUUGUUCAGAAAAACAAGCCAAAGUCUUCUCAUUGCCUUCCCAAACAUGUCUUUAUGUCCACAACAUCACCGAAACGUCCUUUUUAUUGCGAGCAGAUGUGGUCACCCUCUGUAACAGCGUCUGUCUGGCGUGCUUUUGUGCCAAUGGGCACAUCAUGACACUGAGCUUGCCCAGCCUUCGUCCUCUGCUGGACAUCAACUAUUUGCCUGUGACAGACAUGAGGAUAGCGCGGACCUUCUGUUUCACUAAUGAAGGGCAAGCUUUGUAUCUCAGCUCUCCCACAGAGAUCCAGCGCCUGACAUACAGCCAGGAGAUGUGUGACAAUCUGCAGGACAUGCUUGGGGAUUUGUUUACUCCUGUGGAAACACCAGAAGCCCAAAACAGAGGCUUUCUCAAAGGACUUUUUGGAGGAAGUGGACAAGCUUUUGACAGAGAGGAGCUUUUUGGCGAGGCCACAGCAGGAAAAGCCUCUCGCAGUCUUGCCCAGCACAUCCCUGGAUCGGGUGGAAUUGAAGGCGUGAGAGGAGCCGCAGGAGGAGUCAUCGGGGACUUGACUCGUGCACGCAUUGCCCUUGAUGAGAGAGGACAGAAACUGGGAGAACUGGAUGAAAGGACUGCGAGCAUGAUGGCCAGCGCAGAGGCAUUUUCCAAACAUGCACACGAGGUGAUGCUGAAAUAUAAGGACAAAAAGUGGUACCAGUUUUAGACUUUCAAAGAAGCUGCUUGUGGCUUUAAAAACACUUUUCAGGGAAGCAACAUUCAUUCCCAACUCUACCAGUCACUGGCCAGAGACAGUUUUUUUUCUCCUAGAAGAUGUUUUCCUGUUACUAUUAUUGGAUUCAUCACAGUGGGAGUCAAGGAGAAAUUUUAAAGACCAUGAGAUGGAAGCUAGAAUCAAGAGGGACUUACUCUAACAGCUGGCUCAUGCAGUAGCCAACUUUUUUUCCAAAAGGAACUCAACCAUCACUGUGGCAUGUAGUUUUUCAGAAGCUGUAGGUAUGAACUGUGGGGAGUGCGUCUGGUUAAAAAUACUCUGUACAAAUUCGAAUGUUAAUGCACUUAUAAAACAUUGCAUGACUAAUUUGACAUCUUAAAAAAAAAAAAAAGAGAAAAUGAAAGCAUGUUGUGACCGAAGAAAAAUGGGAUUUAUUUCUAUUCUGAG